AUGCACAUCUCAUUGGCAAACUCAUCUUCCACACUUUCAUCCCCAGCUCAAUCUAACCCUCAAAGCCUUCAUACACUUCAAUCUUUAAAUCAAUCCACUGAUCUCAUGCCCACAGUCAAUAAUAAUACGACUAGUGGAAAAUUACCCAGACCACCCCAACGCCCACCCGCUUGUCGAGCAUGUAAGCGCCGAAAAUCAAAGUGUGAUUUUGAGUUACCGUGUAGUACAUGCAUGCUCCAUAACACAACCGAUAUGUGCGCUUAUGAUAAAUUGGCGAUUCCAAGAGAACGUAAACCGGCCGGCAAUCGAUCCAGACAAGCUGGUACGGUCGGAGUAUCUAACAGAAACAGCGAAUUGAAAUUACUUCGGGGGCGUUUUUCAGAAGCUCAAAAGCUGAUCGCUGAUCAACAGGCGAUCAUUGAAGCUCAAGAACAGCGACUCCGAUCAAAGUCAAUCUCUGGACGGAAUCUAGACCUUCCUAGACUCAACAUUGAAGGUAGUGGCCAAAACCAAUCCAAUCAAACUCAAACUUCCGAUUCAUCGAAAACUUCAGAUUCACCCACUCCAGAUACAUUGGCCGAUGGAUUGACUCAACUAGUCAUUGAUAAAGCUACCAAGUCACAUUCCAAAGCAUCGACAUCCCCGCCCUCACCUCCGCCUCUACCUUUGCCUAUCACUACCCACACAUCUAACGAAAAUGGUGAUUGUCGCGAUUUUGAGAAUCGAAAGGCUGCACAAGAUUUAAGCGAACUGGAAGAAGAUGUACUUCAUCUUUUUGCAUCUCAUUCCAAUUUAAGCUUGGCGCGUCAGAUGGAAAUCACGGCUUGUAUGGUAGAAUCCGGUUGGCUGGGUCCUCUGAGUAGCUUAAGUGGAUGUAUCACUCCCACCAACAUAUCACGCCAGCCUGGCGAUGUCUCAUUUGUCCGUGGUAAUCAUCUUAUACCACGUUCAGUCAAUUCAGAAAACAACACGGGCUCUGCCACUCGCCCUUCUCCAAAGGUUCAUCGUCCACCUACGAGUAUAUUACCUACUGCUGAAGAGAUUGCCGUCAAAACCCCGGAAGAUCUUCUUGGUCUCUUUCCACGAAGUCUCGACUACGCAUUAACACUUCUCGAGAGUUAUCUUGGUUUUGUGAAUUUGGUCCAUCAUCUUGUAGAUGGAGAACAAGCUAGAUUUGAACUCAAAUUAUUUUACGAUCUAUACAUGUACAAUUCGGUACAAUCUUCAAAUUCUAAGCGUACUAGCAACGAAAAAGAAUCACCAAUGCCUGUUUCUGAAUUGAUGGAGAUGGGUUGGUUGAGUGGGACAUUAGCUAUCUUUUACUUGGGUUCGAACUCGGAUGACAGGUUUAAGUCAAAUGAACAUCAAGCACUUCGUAAGGCUUGGCUUGAUGGAGCCUUACAGGGCUUAGCAAUCCGAUUUAGAAAUUCAGAAAGGUCUGUGGAUUUGACGGCCUUGAGGUGUGCUUGCUUGGUUGUUUGGAUAUAUGUACUCUACGGAAAGGAUGAAGAGAUUCAUCCAGCUAUACACUUGAACUCAGAUGCGCUUUAUCGUGCAUGCGAUGAAUUACAAUUAGUUUAG